AUGGUCCUCAUCCCACGAGUUAAAAACAGCAGCAACGACGCCCGAGGCCGAAGCCGAGCAGACGAUCACACGUACCCUGUCAUUACGGGAGAGGAUCUGCGGGGAGAGGGGGAGAGGAGUCCACAAUAUGAGGGAAGAGGAGAGGGGAGGCAGAGGAGGAAAGAGGAGGAGAGGAUAGGGGGAGGACAGGCAGGACACGGAAGGAGUCCACAUACAUGGGACAUAGUCUCAGCUGACAGGGGGGGGGGAAGAGGCGGGCGAGAGCGGAGGAGAGUGGAGAGAGUGGAGAAGCAGAGAGAGAAGAGAGAGUGGAAGAGAGAUGAAGAACCGAGGGCACAGCAGGAGAGAGAAGGAGAGAACAGGAUAGAGCACAAGAGAAAAAAGGAAGAACAGGAAGAGACCCAGAAGAGACCAGUGGAGACCAAGGGGAAGACCAGAGAGGGGAAAUAG